AAAGAGAGAAAAGGGCAAAUGGGUAAUUGUAGGGAGUGGAUAGGCUAAAACGAAAGCAGAGGUGGAGGAGGAGUAGUGUAGUGGCAAUGAGUUCCCCUUGCAGUUGCGCUUGCGCUUCUACUAAUUGGAGCGUUGAUUAUGGUUAUGGAGGUGGUGGCGUGCUUUCAAAUUCAAAGGUAAGAAGCAGGAGGUCCAAAGAAAUAUCCAUGGCACAUUCAGUUUGUGGUUCGAGAAGGUCCACUGCACUUGUGAUUUCAUCCUUGCCUUUCGGCUUCCUUUUCCUAUCUCCGCCAGCUGAGGCCAGACGCAACAAGAAGGCCAUCCCCGAAGACCAAUACAUUACUAGCCCAGCUGAUGGAUUGAAAUACUAUGAUUUGGUUGAGGGCAAAGGUCCAGUCGCUGAAAAAGGAACAACUGUUCAGGUACACUUUGAUUGCUUAUAUCGCGGAAUCACAGCUGUCUCCAGUCGAGAAUCUAAACUCCUAGCUGGAAAUCGUAUCAUUGCUCAGCCAUAUGAAUUCAAAGUGGGAGCUCCACCGGGAAAGGAAAGGAAGCGCGAAUUUGUUGACAACCCAAAUGGUUUAUUCUCUGCUCAAGCAGCACCAAAACCUCCCCCUGCUGUGUAUAUAAUAGUUGAAGGAAUGCGAGUUGGUGGAAAGCGAACUGUGAUUGUUCCUCCUGAAAAUGGCUAUGGUCAAAAGGGAAUGAAUGAGAUUCCGCCUGGAGCUACAUUUGAACUAAAUGUUGAGCUUCUGCAAGUUGUAGCUACCUGAAGACUAGACCUCAGCUUGACUCCAUUCUUAUGAACCGGUUGAUAAUUUUGACUUCAGAAUUUGUAGCCUGUGAAGCUGCGACUAUUAUUGUUUUUUACCCUAUGUUUGGAUAAAGAAAAAUAAGAUAGAGAAGAAAUAAAAAAUUUGAAAUACAAAAGAGAAAAUGAAGAAAAAGAAGAGAAAAAAAGUUGAGUUUAAGAAUAAUCUUUUUUUAAGUAGGAAAAGAAUAUUUAUAUUAUUUAUUUAUUGAAAUUGUAAUGGACUCAUCUUCUGCGAUUCUAAAACUAAUCUUAGUAUA